GGAACCGGAAGCCCCCCGCGCCGCUGCCGCUGCCGCUCCCGGAGGAAAGAUGGCGCUGCCUCCGUCCCGGCCGGGCCCCUUCAGCUUCGCCCCGGCGCGCCUCCGCCUCCCGGCCGGGCACCCCUUCUUCGAGGACGGCGAUGUCCGGCGGCACCUCUACCUGCAGGGCGCCCUCGGCGGAGGCGGCGCGGAGGAGGCGGAGGCGGGCGGCGGCCCGGGCCCCUGCGAGCUCUUCUGCCCCGCGGCCGGCUGCGGGGAGGCGUUCGGCAGCCUGGAGAGCUACGAGCACCACUACCAGCUGCUGCACCGGGCGGUGUGCCGCUCCUGCCGAAGGCCCUUCCCCUCCGCGCACUUGCUGGACAUCCACCUCCUGGAGUGGCACGACUCCCUCUUCCAGCUCAUGGCCCAGACACGCAACAUGUACCAGUGUCUGGUAGAAAGCUGUGCAGAGAAAUUCAAGAGCAGCAAAGACCGGAAGGACCAUUUGAUCAAAAUACAUCGGUAUCCACCUGACUUUAGGUUUGAUAAACCCAUGAAAUCAAAAAGCACAAAAAUGAAGUCUCCCUCUAGAGGUCACACUGUGCCAAUGGAUGUGAAUGUCAACUUCUGUGAACAUUCAUCAGAGGAUGCUAUGGAAAUUGGCUCUAGCGAGACUGCAGCGGACAAGGCCCACCAGCCUGGGAUGGAGAAUCCUUUGGUCUCACCAGCGUCUGACACACGGUUCUCUAGAACAAGAAUCCCACCCAGCGUUUGUUUUGGGCAAGGAUCCACUCGUAGCUUCAGAAGCGGAAAGAAGAGAGCCUGAGCGCGAGAGGACAGCCCAGCCCGUGUUUCAUGAAGCCCUUUGGAGCCAAGGAGGAAUAAAAGUACGGCAGAGCCCAAGUGUGGGAGGAGUUGACCUUUCUUCCUGCUUCUGCCCCUGCCCUGCCAGAUGGAGGCACCUUCAUAGGGCACACAGGCCAGAGUGGUCUUCUCCUACUGGAAACUCGUCUCCAUUCGAUGCUCCCACAAGGGACAAGGGAUACGUGCUCAGAACCACCUUCAGAUGUUUGCAUGGAAUUUAGUAUUUCUGUGGUGCUUUAGGACUGAUGGUGCACAUCAGCAGUUCAUGCAACUGUGUGAGGAAGGGCAGGGGACACUAUGAUCCCCCAGUGAGGGGUGAGGCGGAGAGAAACUGCCCCCCCCCUCACGAGAUCCCCAGGAAUUGAGCCAGGGACGUCCUUGAUGACAGGUGUCCUUGCUAAGUCAGGGCACUGUGUUAACACCUGGUCUACCUUUUGAAUUUCUUCCUGGUAGAUGGAGAGAUGUCUCCCAGAAUGUCAUUAACCGAUCUUCCAUAAAACUACUCCUUUCUCCUUUUCUGAAGUUUUAAGUGAAGACCUUUCAGGAUACUGUGGGGUCAGUGCAGCUGACAUUGGCACUUUCCCACCUCUCAGCCAGAGAGGGUCAAGUAAUGCCAUCCAGUUGUGCAGACAGUAGAUGCAACACAGCGGGCGAGACUCCCCUUCUCCCAGACUGACUGCUUCCCCUUCAGUCUUUCAACAUGCUUUUUCCCCAUCUGAGAGGUAGGAGGCCCUCCAUGCCGGCCAGUGGGGCAGAAUUCAUUCUAUAGAAGGCAUGCGUGAUAGUCACUGUGUAGAUACAGGCCUAAUAAUAUCUCUGUACUCCCAUUUCUGUGAACUCAAAGGAGGACAUCAGGGAAUCUGAAUUUCUAGAUGAGUACAGGAACUCGCUCCUUUAAAGACAAAUGUUUUCACAUCAAAAAACACCAGCAUCCCAGUUUUGAGAGAGCUGUGGAUGACAUGGCGUUUGCAUCCCACACAUAUCAGUCACACACUAAGCUCGAGUUUCUGGAUCACUGGCUUGUGUUUACCGAAAUUCACGGCGUAAGCAGCAGCAGCAGCAAUGAAGGAAACCGUCGGGUCAGGUUCAGGCCACGGUUCUCUAGAACGCUGCAGAUCUGUGCUGCUGUUGCCUCACUUGUCUCUUGGUUAUUGUUACAGAAACCAAGCACGCCUUCACAUUAACUUCCCUCGGUUGCAGAAAAGUACCGAACAGGCAUGAGAAAGAAUGUUUGGUUUCCCUUGCUGGAGGCAUCAUAUCCAGUUGGAAAGAAGUGUGUUCCAUCCAAGUCAACCAGCCACAGUUUUAGAGAUUUUUAUUAUAUUUUAUUUAUUUAUUAUAAUAGAUUUUUAGUCCGCCUUCCUCGCCGAGCGGCACCAAAACAUUCUUGGCAAUGUUGGUGGCUUUGCUCCAUCCCCAAGAUUUUGGGGGGGGGGGGAGAUAUGCCAGUAUUGGUUAAAAUUCUUGGCAGCAGUUUAUCUGUGCAGUCUUGGCUGGAAUUGCUGUGAUGGUGCCUGAUACUGUGGUGUACCUCUGCUAUUUCAGCCGUUUCAUUGCUGUGAUGGUGCUAUUUCAGAUUCACAGUAGAAGAAUCAGCUUCUCAAAAAUCAAUAUAGUCUGUGUGGCGUUAUUUGCUUCAGUGUGUCAUACAGCAUCUGUAUGGUUUUUCCUUGUAUUAUACAGAAGUUAUUCUCUGA